CAUAUAUUAGGCAAUUCAAUCUUUCAUUUUCUGUGACCAAACUAGUAGGAAAUGAGCUGCAUGGAGGCAGGAUAACCCAUUCGACAUCCAAACAGGGAGAUGUGGUUUUAAAACGCGAUCUGUAAUAUUUAUAAGAACAUAUUUUCAGUACGGCGGGCUCGAGCGAGGAGCUUGUUGUUAAGCGCACCGGACGGGGCUGUGCAAAAAAUAUAUAUAGGAUAUACACGUUGGAACGUUACGGAGGUAACUGACUGGCUGACACACGUUGGGACCUUACGGAGGUAACUGACUGGCUGACACACGUUGGGACCUUACGGAGGUAACUGACUGGCUGACACACGUUGGGACGUUACGGAGGUAACUGACUGGCUGACACACGUUGUAAUGUUACGGAGGUGACAGACUGGCUGACACACGUUGGAACGUUACGGAGGUGACAGACUGGCUGACACACGUUGGAACGUUACGGAGGUAACUGACUGGCUGACACACGUUGGGACCUUACGGAGGUAACUGACUGGCUGACACACGUUGGGACGUUACGGAGGUGACAGACUGGCUGACACACGUUGUAAUGUUACGGAGGUGACAGACUGGCUGACACACGUUGUAAUGUUACGGAGGUGGUUGACUGGCUGACACCUUUUCGUCUCAACAACCGGACACCGGAGGAAAAUGGCAAAUCAUAAUUUGGGUCAAUUACAAGCUUUUAGCGGUGUUGUCUGUCAUAAUUCAGGAUUCUAAUAGUCUGGGAAGAAGAACAAUAUUUUACGUGCCAAGAAAGGGGCAGACUUUGAUGGAGUUGUGUGCACUUUUGUUCGCGAUUCUUAUCCACACCUAAAGGAUAUUUUAAAGGCACUCAAUAACAGGCAGACUGUUGCGACUAAGGGAAAUCAUGUUUGAUUGUAUGGAUGUGCUAGCGGUGAGCCCUGGACAAAUGUUGGAUUUCUACACUUCGAGUCCCUCUUCGUGUAUGCUACAAGAGAAGGCACUGAAAGCGUGCUUCAGCGGGCUCGCUCAGAGAGACUGGCAACACCGCCGGAGCGCACAGUCCAUCGAGACCCAGAGCACCAGUUCUGAGGAGCUGGUCCCAAGCCCCCCGUCCCCCCUGCCCCCGCCCCGCGUCUACAAGCCCUGCUUCGUGUGCCAGGACAAGUCCUCGGGGUACCACUAUGGCGUCAGCGCCUGCGAGGGCUGCAAGGGUUUUUUCCGUAGAUCCAUCCAGAAGAACAUGGUAUACACGUGUCACCGGGACAAGAACUGCAUCAUUAACAAGGUGACCAGGAACCGCUGUCAGUACUGCCGGCUCCAGAAGUGCUUUGGCGUGGGCAUGUCCAAAGAGUCUGUCCGGAAUGACCGCAAUAAGAAGAAGAAAGAGAGUCCCAAGCCAGAGCUGACCGAGAACUACGAGCUGAGUGCAGAACAAGAGGCCAUCAUAGAGAAGAUACGCAAGGCUCAUCAGGAGACCUUCCCAUCGCUCUGCCAGCUGGGGAAAUACACCACGAACUCGAGUGCAGAACAACGCGUGAGGCUGGACCUGGGGCUGUGGGAUAAGUUCAGUGAGCUGGCUACUAAGUGCAUUAUAAAGAUCGUGGAGUUUGCCAAACGAGUGCCUGGCUUCACAGGACUCACCAUAGCUGACCAGAUCACGCUGCUUAAAGCUGCCUGCCUUGACAUACUGAUUUUGCGUAUCUGUACGCGGUACACUCCGGACCAGGACACCAUGACGUUCUCAGACGGGCUGACCCUGAACCGGACCCAGAUGCACAACGCAGGCUUCGGCCCGCUCACCGACCUGGUGUUCACUUUCGCCCACCAGCUGCUGCCCAUGGAGAUGGACGACACAGAGACAGGCCUGCUCAGCGCCAUCUGCCUCAUCUCUGGAGACCGUCAGGACCUGGAGGAACCCUCUAAGGUCGACCAGCUCCAGGAGCCCCUACUGGAAGCUCUGAAGAUCUACGUGAGGAAGAGGAGGCCCAGCAAGCCACACAUGUUCCCCAAGACCCUGAUGAAGAUCACUGACCUCCGCAGCAUCAGCGCCAAAGGUGCGGAGCGGGUCAUUUCGCUGAAGAUGGAGAUCCCUGGCUCCAUGCCUCCUCUGAUCCAGGAGAUGCUGGAGAACUCAGAGGGUCAAGACAGCCAGAGCAGCACCGAGGGCGAGGAUGGCAGCAGCCACAAGAAGGGAAUCCCUAAGGGGGGUAAACCCUGCCCUGUGUCCCCUGACCCAGACGCUUCAGACAGCGACGGGCCCACAGCGGCCCCCAAGGAGGAGGAGGAGGAAGAGGACCCCUAGGUCCCCAUGGAACUCAGGGGCCUCUCAGACUGACACUCUCUCUCUCGCUGACAUUCCUUUGCACACAAAAAAACAACAGAAAAUAGGUCAACAGCAUGGUGGAGCAGGCCGUUGGUCCCUUGGCGAACCACCACCACCUUUGCUUGUUCUUAUGUUAUCCUUUUACGUUUGUUUUUUCCUUCUCUCGCUUUGCCUCUUUAUUUUCCCUUAAAAAAAACGACAACACUAAAACCUAAAAGGACCAGUGGUUGGUUUGUGUAUAAUUCUACAUUUAUCGAGCUCUUAUUUUGGCGUUGUGUCUCGGGGACUAGGGCGUGAUUGGUCAAGUUGGGUUUGACUCCGUCCGGCAACGCCCAUUUACCUGUUGUACACAAAGGUCAUAGGUCAUCCUCCUCAGGUCUCCUGUGUAAAUUCAUCCGUGCAUGACGGGCUCGCCGAGUUUAAUACGUAGUUUUAAUCUCUCUUUCUCUCAGUCUCUCUCAUAUUGUUGGAAUGCAUUGUACAUACCAUUGUAUGGUUAGAAAUCUGUCUGUUUCUAUGAUGAAUUUUGUGGUGCUUUUUUCAUUGUCUUAAAUAUUAUUGUUUGAGGUGAAAUAGUACAUACAUGACAAGGUUUAAAAGGGGGCUGAAAUGUAAAGUCCUUUACAAAAACAGUUAUAUAGACUGUUCUUGCAUAUAGACAGUAUGGAAGACUAAUACUUUAUAUUUGUUCCUAUAUUUAAAGCUGUUUUUUGUUUUGUCUUUUAUAACUCAUUAUGUUGACGUCUCGAUGAGUGUACAUUACAUUCAUUACAGGCUUCUCUCCCGUAUCAGCUGCUGCAUCUCUUCAGUCGCUUCCUCAAGGGGGGGAAGCCAGACUAUAGAGGUCAUAGAUAAACAAUGACUAGAUUGAAUCUAGAUAUACAAUUACCAGAUUGGAUCUGUCUAUCACAGAUAACAGGCUGUAAUGUAAUGUACAGUGCUUCUGAGGCUAAAAGGCUUCUGAGAUUUUAUCAUAAAAUGACAUUCCCAGAGAGAAACCAAGCAGUCUUAACCAGUGAAAUCUCUCUGGUUAAAGAUAAGUGAUGAGCGACUCUCAUUGACAAAGACUUUCCUUAACCUAAGCUUGCGCCAACUGAGAAAUUGAGCUGUUGUUGUUAAAACAAAUGUGGUUAUACAUUUGGAGUUCCCUUGCAAUUCUCUUGAAAAUUCUCCACAAUCUGUGCAGGGAAAUGCAUUCUUAUUACAGUGGUAAAAUCAAAAUUGCUUCUCUGAUGCAGUUUCAAUCUAGUAAUUGUACAUUAAUGGCUGUCAGCAACUACAAGCAUCUGCGCAACACAAAAUGCACAUUGGAUUCUGGGCCAGGAUUACAAACGAGUCCUGUAGACCCAGAAUCACUACCUACCCCUUCUUACAUACUUGCAUACAUAAGUGUCUUGUUUUGGCAGUAAACCACGGGGACAUUGCAAUCCUUAAAAUACAUAUUCAUGACCUAACCGCUUGGCCGGGAAGAUUGUACACUAGACUCUAAUGUUCUAUCUAGCUGCACAUGUAUGGGAUUCUAGUAGCCACUACGCAUUCUUAGUUCUCGUCCUACAGAGUGACUGACUGUUGCCUUGCUCCUCCGACAGUCCUGUGCAAAACUAUAGUGAUGCAAAGGAGAUUUUUUACACGUGACCCUUAACCCCUGAGACGUGCAGUAACUAUAGGUAGACAAGCUCGGGUAGUGUUCAUUCGUGGUGCAACAUCACCGAAUGUUCAGAUAAUUAUAUAUUAUGUAGACGUGCUUCUCUGUCAUGUAGAAUAGGGAAUCAGGUCAGCUCUAACACAAUAAUAUAUUUGUAUCUGUAACAUUCCUGAACAUUGCACCUCCUGAACCCAACCCUGCUUUGUGUUUUGGACGGCAGAUCCACUAGAGAGCUCUUUUUCUCAGGGAUGAGGAAUGAUGUCCCACAUUCGGCCGCCGCCGCAACGGCCCUUCUGGUCGUAUAAAUAUAUUCUUAGUAAAGCUGCUUUUCUUCAGAGCCUAAGGGCUAGAUUCAAUCCGAAGCGCUGUAGAUCUGCAGUAUACCGCAAUUAAAAUGUAAAGGCAAUGUUCCCGCGUUCGCGGAGACUGCAUUCACGGUAAACGCUGCAUAUAUCGGCACAAUCGGAAAUUACCUUUAAAUUUCAAUCGCGCUAUACCAUGGUUCUUCAGUGCUACGGAUUGGAUCUAACCCAAAUCACAGAUUAGAAUUUGGACACUAUUUAUAAAGUUAAUAGCCUAGAAUCCACACUGAAUAUUGCUGUUCGUUCCACUGUUGUGAAGUGAAACAAUAGUGAUGUUCAGUGCGGAAGCCAGGCUAUAAAGUUUAUACUACAGCUAGGAAGAACUAGGACCUCUACAGUCCCUUAUUACCUGUCGUAGCCUGGUAUCCCUUGUGGUUGAAAGGAUAAGGAUAGAUAAUAUCAUUUACUCAGAUGUUGACUAUUUACUCAACUGUAGCACAAAGGCAAUACUUCUCAUAGCACUUAUAUAAAACUUGAUCAUGUGAAUCAUAUGUAGCUGAUACAAUGUUAAGGGGGAUGGUAAUAAACAAUGUUCUUUAUCACUCUUUAAGGGUAAUAAUAAUUUGGCAUAAACUGUUAUGGGUGUUUAUUGAGUCAUUCAUCUCAGAGGUAUAAAGACAGGAAGGUUCUUUAUUCUGAAUAGAGGCAAACAUUAACCACAAGGGAAUAGAUUACCACUAUAGUUAGUCAGCUAGAACCAAGGUUGGGGUCAAUUCCAAUGUAAUUAUUUCAGUUUACUUCCUGAAUGGACUGAAUUGAUAUGGAAUUGACCCCAACCAUCACUAGAAUCCAGAAACAUCUCACACAUAACCAUCUCCUCCUCUCCUCCAUAUCAACGCCACAUGUAAUACAUACAUAUCUUAAGGGAAAAACAAAACUGUCUCAGUUUUACCAUGUUUGAAUGUGAAUAUGCUGUCCAGGCGUUACAUAGGAAUGAUAUGCAGUGUUAAAGGAAUAUUUACUUUAAAGCAGCAUUUUCGUCAAUUUCAUUGCAUCUCAUUGUAUGUAUGAAAAAAAUGUAAUGCUGUCUUUCCCUCUCUAAGGGAGAGAGGGAUGCAAGGGAAAACAAUCCUGGUGGCUGUGGGUGAAUCUCAAAAGUCUUCCCUACAUUCCUCUCCCUUGAUUCCUCGCCUCCUUCUCAAAAUGCAUUGGAGGAAAGGGUGCAGAACCUCAGACCUUCUCCAACGUGUGUUGUUGAGGUGAGGAAUCGAGGAUGUGAUGAAUCAAGGAAAGACUUGAGAUUUACACUGAGUGUCUUCGAAGUUGGAAAACUUAUUUCACAGCUAAAGAAUGUCUAAAUCCAACUCCCUAGUGUCCAGAGCGCCUCCUACAGGCACCAGGAGACACAGCAGGGAACUCGAUCCAUUCCACAAUGCCGAAUUUACUACGUUGGUUUCUGUUGAAUGUUGUACCGAUGUAACUGUUAAUAUUUACAACUACUAUCCCACUGCAGACUUGUCCAUGUAUUAGAUGGUGUGUGUGUGUGGUGUGCUUUAUGUCUCAACUAAUGGCAGCUUUAGGCUAUCUGACCUCUCAGAGCUUCAUCUCAUAGCCAGCCCCUCUUGGGUAGCAGCUGCUCACCCCCCACACCAUUUAGGACCAGCAUGGGUUCACAAUAGGGUUGCAAAAUUCUAUAAACUUUUCCAAAUUCCCUUUUUUUGUGGUGUG